AUGUCCGCCUACGCCGGGCACGACGUGCCCCACUCCUAUGACCUCCUACGUGGCAUCCGCCGCGUCAGGACGACGGCGCAGCUGCAGGAGGCCUACGAUGGCCUACUGGCAUUUGUGAGGAAAACGCAUCAGCUGGUGGAGGCAGAGGCGGCGAAAAGUGCCGCGUUCGGCACCAAGGACGCUUCUGAAGCGUAUCUGCAAGUGCCAUCGAGCCCCUCAGCUGAGGCGCAGGCGGCCAUGUCUCAGCUGAAGCAAGUUUCUCUCUUGUGCGGGGCCUUUUGUCGUCGUGUGGAGCACGUGCUUCGCACCACCUACAUCUACGCAGACGUCGAUGAUGCCACCCAUGGCGGUCUCGCCACGGUGCAUGUAAGCGCACACAUGGCCCAGCUCACGAAGGAGCUACAGCGCUUCAACACUCCUGCUGUUAACGGAUUUUUGGCGGCGGCAACCAAGAUGGACGCACUGUCGACGUCGACGUUGUCUGUUUCCCCAGUGGACUGCGUCCUCUCCUACGGCAUCGGCGAUCUCUGCGACUACCGCUUGUGCCGUCGCAAGCGUGCGCAGGCAUAUCUUCAGCAACUCCUGGCGCAACCCCAAUGGAACGCGGCUGCCAUCACUCAAGUCAUCGUCUCGUUGAACGAAACGCUCUCCACGCCUGUGGACCCCUUUGCGGUGUGCACGAGCGACGAGUCGGUUGAGGCAACGUGCGUGGUGACACCCUUGCGCGACCCCAUUUCGCAAACUGCCAUUCGAAUUCCAGCGCGAGGGGAGAAGUGUGUGCACCUGGAGAUCUUCGACGUGGAGAGCUUCGUGCAGGCUACCCAACAGCGCUCCUUUAAUAGGGUCGACGUUGGCGCCCCGUGUCCGCUCUGCUCACAGACGGUGCACCUGUUGUCGAUACGCGUAGACACGCGGGCCUUGGAGGCGAUGCGCAGCUAUGAAAGAGCUGCCGCUGAAGCUGCGCCGUCUUCUUCAUCUUCUGAUGCGCCGCCUACCCUCACUGCUGACUGUGCUCUGGAGUGGAACACAGACACUCGAACAGUCACGGUGGUCCGUGGCAGACGCGGCGCAUCGGCCGAGGAAAGCGCAGUAGGCGAAGAUCAGGAGGAGCCAGCGACGCCGUCGAGAGGGCCGCGCGACGAUGCAUCAGAGGCGGUCACCAAAAAACGAAGGAUCGAGAUUGGCGGCCACGUGCUGUAUGCCGACUAG